UCCUCCAGUUCCCAGGGUUCUGUAGCCUCUCACCUUCCUGCCUAUCCCCGAUACUUGCCUACCCUCUACUUAUUACCAAGUUCCUUGUUUAUAUGGAUGACUGAGAGGCCCUGCACUAUAACUUAGGCCCCUGGCACCCUUUUCCUUGGGUCCUUAUGUUCCUUGCCCCUGUCCAACCCUGGACAAUUGGCUCUACCUCAGCAACUUUAUAGCAGAAUCAGUGCAAAUAAAAAUCCCUCAGUGACCUCACUAGUUGUGAGUAUAUUAGACGUGGGAUAAGGUUGGAGACCAUCAGCUUGUGUGAGGUGGGUAUGUAUGCUUGGUGUUGUUGACUGCCUUUAGUCACACGGGGCAUGGUGCAUAGUGGAAAUGUGACUGCAUUCAUUCAGCAAACAAUUUACGAGAUUUUCUGUGCCAGAUAUUAAAGUAGGCCUAUCAGGAUUCCUUCUGAGACUUUCUGAGGCGAAACAACCAAAUAGGUAAGCAGAAGAUAACAGGAACUACCAGAGGGUUGUGGGAGCUCAGCUGAGACUUGUCCAAGGCAUUUCAGAAGACUUCUGAAGAGUUGACAUAUUUGUGUACUGAAGAAGUUCUUCUUAGUGAGCCUAGAGAAAAAAAUUGUGCAGGCAGUCUACUGAUAAGCGAGCUUCCAGAGGUUGAUGUGAUUAGAUCAAGCAGGUACUUCUGGUGAAUUUGCGCCUGAGAGCAAACUAGGAGACAUUAGAAAAACCUACCUGUUUGGUGCCCCUUGACAAAGUCUCCAUCCAGAUCAUCUUUUUUUGUUUGUAUUUCGAGACAGCGUUUCUCUGUAGCUUUGGAGCCUGUCCUGGAAAUAGCUCUUGUAGGGAACUAGCUCUUGUAGACCAGGCUAGCCGCCUGCCUCUGCCUCCUGCCACCACCCUGCUCAGCCAGUUGUCUUUUAAGGAAUUGGUGCCUGAUCUCUAGGCAGCCCCUCUUAUACCACCAGGCAACAAGCUGGACUGAGUGAGUAAGCUACCGCCCCGGAAAUGACGCGCUGCCCCGCUGGCACUGGCGGCGCGGAAGUAGCGAUGGCGGAGCUUUACGUGAAGCCGGGCAACAAGGAACGCGGCUGGAACGACCCUCCGCAGUUCUCUUAUGGGCUGCAGACUCAGACUGGUGGACCCAAACGCACGCCCCUUACUAAGAGGGUCGCGGCCCCGCAGGAUGGAUCCACUAGAGCCCCAACUUCAGAAACUUCUGGACCACCUCCAGUGGGUCAUCCACCUCCUUCAAGUAAGGCUUCCAGGCCUCCACCUAUGGGGACUUGUCCUGCUACUGGUGUGGAACCCCCAGCUUCCCCAGUCACUGAGUCUGAGGUUCUGAUGGAAGAUGUACUGAGACCUCUGGAACAGGCGUUGGAGGACUGCCGUGGCCACACAAAGAAACAGGUGCAUGACGAUAUCAGCCGACGCUUGGCACUGCUUCAGGAACAGUGGACUGGAGGGAAGUUGUCAAUUCCUGUAAAGAAGAGGAUGGUACUGCUAGUGCAAGAACUUUUACACCACCAGUGGGAUGCAGCAGAUGACAUUCACCGCUCACUCAUGGUUGACCAUGUGACUGAGGUCAGUCAGUGGAUGGUGGGAGUUAAAAGGUUAAUUGCAGAAAAGAGGAGUCUGUCUUCAGAGGAGGCCAAAGAAGAGACAUCUACAAUGGCACCUGAGAACCAGACAGUACCAGGCUUCCAACAGUCUUCAUAAUCCUGGGGCCUCCCCAGACUCACUCAAAUGAUCUGUGCCUCGGUGUGGAAGGCCUCUUCUCGCUUGGGUCCCAUUACCACCAGGGAGACAAUCGUGUUGGGCCUGACCAAAGAUCCUACCUGGGCCACUUGCAAGAUAACUUGUUACUCAUAAUAUGUAUAUUUCAAUAAAAAUCUCAAUGGUGGGAAGUGGGUAGGAAAGGUGA